GGUUGUGAAUGCAAGGAGUUACAGAUGGUCUGAGUCCUGCAGCAAAGUGUGCUAGAUGUGUGACAUAGGAGAGAAUGAGGCGGUGGAACAUGUGGUGCUGGAGUGUGUGAAGUAUGCCAGAGACAGGAAUGAAAUGAUACAAGUGAUACUGACUGAGUUAGGGCAUGAUAGGAAUGAGAGAGUGAAGACAGGAAGGGAGUGGAUGGUAUUGUUGUUGGGACUGUGUAGAGAGACGAAUGAAAGGAAGAUUGAGGCGGUGAGAGUUUCUGGAAAGAAUGUGGCGUGCCAGAUGUAGGAACAAUUAGUGUAGAGGAUGCUGUUUGUUUCUCUUUUUUUUUCCCCCUUUUACAGGAGUCGCCGAUCCAAAGGCCUGGCUUAGGAGUGAUCCUGAGCCACUUGUACCAUCAAGAUCAAGAUCAAGAUAACACGUGCGUUUGUUUACAAGGCAAGGAACUCAUCUUGCUGGGUAACACGUUUCCUAAUACCUUCAUGCUUUUCUGAGAUUUCCUACAGUCCAUUGCACAAUAAUGGAAGUGGGUGGCGUGCUGACAUACGAGGGCAGUAAAUGUUUACGACAGAGGCUGAUUUUAUCCACCCUGAGCGGGAAGCCAGUGAGGAUCCGCAACAUCAGAGCCAAGGCAGACGACCCCGGACUGAAAGAUUAUGAAGUAAGCUUCAUUCGCCUCCUUGACUGCCUCAAUAAUGGCAGCAGUAUUGAGGUCAGUCAGACUGGCACAGCACUGCUCUACAGGCCAGGCAUCCUGACAGGCGGACGACUUGAACACUCCUGUCCUCUCUCAAGGGGCAUAGGGUACUUUCUGGAGCCACUGUUCAUGCUUGCCCCUUUUUGCAAGACUCCAAUCUCCAUUACACUAACUGGCAUCACGAACAAUGAGCUGGACCCCACAGUGGACAUGAUUUGUGCAUCACUGGUGCCUGUUCUGCGGCGCUUUGUAGGCAGUGAUGAUGGGCCCAGUGUGAAGUGUGUGAGGCGAGGCAUGAGUCCUGGUGGGGGUGGCAGGGUUGUGUUCACCUGCCCUGUUAGGAGGAGUCUGACUGCCUUUCAGUGGAUGGACAGUGGACAGAUCAAGCGGAUACGUGGUGUGGCGUACACAAGUCGUGUUACGCCGACUGUGGCGAACAGAAUGUUGGAUGCUGCCAAGGGAAUGUUUCUUAAGUUUCUGACAGAUGUUUACUUCACAGUGGACAAUGCUAAAGCUGUUUCUCCAGGGUUUGGCCUUUGUGCAGUGGCAGAGAGUAACAAAGGAACAAUUGUGUGUGCGGAAGCUAUGAGUCACACCCCAGGACAAGAGGGGGGUGUGGCAGGGGCAGCAGCUAGCACACCUGAGGAGAUUGGAGAGAAAGCAGCCAGUCGCCUGCUGGAGGAGAUCUGGCGAGGCGGCUGUGUUGAUGCAAUUGCCCAGCCAUUGCUGUUAACCUUCAUGGCUCUGGCACCGACUGACGUGUCAAAAGCAGUGCUAGGACCACUCACUCCAUACACGAUGCAUUUCCUGCGCCACCUGAGGGACUUCUUCCAUGUCACUUUCAAGAUUGAUGAACACAAAGAAGAGAGAAUUGCUGAGGAUGACAGUAGCUUACCUGAAAGAAGGACAGGUGCUGCAAAGCUUGUGUUGACGUGUAUUGGUGUUGGUUACUCCAAUAUUGGCAAAGGGCAGAUCUAGGUGUAUAUGCAUCAAUGUGUAUCUAGUCCACCCAUGAUCAAGAGGAUUAUGUGUUGGAUUUGUUGUUGUUAGCUGUAGCCUUGCAGAGAGAACUUUAUGAUAACAGUUGGAUCCAUGGGUAAAGCUGUAACCGUCCACAUGCCAGACCCUUGUUCUCUUGUUUAAGGAUGAUGAUAGUAACUGCUCACUCAAGGAAAAUCUUGGUGAUCAGAGCAGGAUGCAAACCUCAGUGUGCCAUGUGACAAGGAGAGAUAUUAUCACUGAGCUAGGUGUGUGUGUGUGUGUGUGUGUGUGUGUGUGUGUGUGUGUGUGUGUGUGUGUGUGUGUGUGUGUGUGUGUGUGUGUGUGUGUGUGUGUGUGUGUGUGUGUGUGUGUGUCAUUCACCAACAGUCAUCCGCUCCCCUCAACCGCUCCCCUACAGAAAAAGCUCAGAGCUUAUAGUGACCGAUCUUUGGAUAGAACUGAAACCACUCACACAUCUCACACCAGGACAGUGAGGUCACAACCUCUUGGCUUACAUGCCUUACCUACUUGAUGCUAGAUGAACAGGGGGUACACAGUAAGAGGAUUGUUCAUUUGCCUUGCCACACCCAGUACUCAAACCUGGGCCUUCUUGGUUGUGAGCUGAGGAUGCUGGCUACUACCCUAUGUGAUGUGUGUGUGUGUGUGUGUGUGUGUGGUAACCUAACUAUAUUUUCCUGUCUGUAAUAUAGUAAAUUAACCCUCAAGGUCACUAAUUUGCAGUUGUCAAAUUUAAAUUUCCUGUUCCAUUUAAGAUUUUGAAAUUCAUGGCAAAAGCAGGUGCUUACAAUCACUCUUGGGAAAAUAUUCAAUAAACAAUAUGAUUCUUCUUGCACCUAUCAUCAUCAUCAUCAUUAUCAGCAGCAGCAGCAGCAGCAUUUCACUUAAUGUCUUAUUUUCCAUUAUGGGAGUGGACUACUUAUAAACCUCAUAAGUACAUAUGUGGAGCAGAAACUACCCUCACCCAUAUCUCCUUUCAUGUUGGGGGACUUCCCUUAGGUGAGCUGAUGUCAAGGCUAGCAAGGGUCCCCUCCUCCCCUAGGCUGAUUGCCCCAUGUGAUGCAUAUCCAUUGUGUUGUGCAUCUCGGAGGGGGGCUGGUCCUGCCACCUAAUUCAUCCUUAAGUUAAAUGCCAAUAAAAGGCUUCUCAUCAGGCCUAAGUGGCACUGAAGUUGGCUGCCUGAGCUCAUCAGGAAGAAGCAGAAACCCACAGAGCUUGACAGUUGUGUAAUCAACUUCAUGUAUGUGCAUAAUUGUAAGUGUGACCACAAAAAAAAAUAUGGUACAUUCCCACCGAGGUUAAUAGAGAGUAGGCAUGAGGUUAGUUGUGUUUCCCUUAUUACUGGCUGAAUUGUCUUCAGGUAUAUAGCACUGCAAUUAAGAAAAAAAGGGACACUAGGUACACCAAGCUGAGCCUGCUAGUGUCUUAAAUAAUUGAAGAAACAAUAUUCUUGUUUAGCUCCAACCCAGGUGGCCUGGAUCUUGAAGCUCUAUGCAUGUAUUCGUAGGUUUUUCUAUCAGACACUUAACGUAGGUAUUAUACCUCACUAAAGAAAAGCUCAUUGUGCUGUUGAGACAAGAGAACGUGCCCAACAUGGACAUUUUUUUCUCACAUCGAGCACAGGAAAACCAUUAUGCAAGCCCUUGUUACCAGAUGACGCCUACCAGAUCUUGGUCCAGAACAGGUCAAUCUCUGGAUACCUUAUGGUCUUUAGGGACUUCAGGGAUGUCUUCAAGUUAUGGCCUUUCACAACUGGGCACUCUUGUUCCACCAUAAAGCAAUAGUUUUUUGUGUAUUUACCUAGUGGUUUACAGGAGGAGGAGGAGUCAAAGCUUGUGCUGUCCCAUCACAAUAUCUAUUCUUAACCAGUUUUUCCUUAAAAUCAUGUAUAGUUACUUACUCUUUUUGCAGCUCAUUCCAAGUUCCUGCAGUCCUUUGUGGAAAACUGUUCUGUGUGUGUGUGUGUGUGUGUGUGUGUGUGUGUGUGUGUGUGUGUGUGUGUGUGUGUGUGUGUGUGUGUGUGUGUGUGUGUGUGUGUUGUAAUUUUGACAUCUCCUCUAUUGUGAAAAGGACAGUAAUACAAAGGAUGAAAAAUUAAGUUUUAUAUAAAUCAUCCUGAAAAAAGCAGACAUACCCCAAUCUCUCUCAUCCUACAAAGCAUACACAAAAGCACACGAUUUACACUUGCCACUGCUACCAUUGUUAUCAUUAACUGUAUUAACCUGGUGUUUGUGGAGGUAGGAUGUCAGGUGAGGCAGACUGUCAGCUGAGUAAGCAAUGUUGGAACACUCAUAGUCUUCCUUUUCUUCCUGUCUUCCAUCUCUCCUGUCUUACUUUCUACAUACAAGUUAGUAAAUUGUAAGGAGAAUUGCAAUCCACAUUAAUUUGGUCUAUUAUGAUUUUGCUCAAAGAAAUUCAACUAUUAGGGUAACCAAAACUAUUUGAUGGCAUAUUUUUGAUUGCAAAGUAAAUAUGAAUAAAACAAUGAAUUCCAGCAAAGGAAGAAGGGUUUGAUGUAUCACAGAGCUGUGUUUUUAAAUAUAUACAAAUUCAGGUUUUAGAUAAUGAAAGAAAGGCUUAAAAAAUUCACUAUGUAUUUCUUUAAAGUAAAAAUUUUCUCUCCAAAAGGAAA